AUGGCCCCACCAAAACUUUCAGGAGCACAAAACAGAAAGAAAAGAAAACAACAAAAAUUUGAAGAUGAAAAAGCUGCAAAAACAAUGGCUAUGUUUUUAAAAAAAGAUGCAGAAUUAGCAAGUACAGAUCUACAGUGUACAUCAACUGAAGAUCUGUCUAUUCAGCAAGAAUUUACUAUAAAUGUUCUUUCCCAACACAAAGAAGGUUGUUCUGAUGUUUUACAAUCUGAAGAUGAAACCGUAGACACUGUCAUAAUACAGCCUACAACAUCUACAGAAAGCCCUCAGGUUUCACAGUCUCAAGGCCAUACUGAGUGUGCGCAGGAAAGUAGUGAAGAGUCAGACACCCCGGUUGCUGGGAACACUGCCCAUUUGGAUAGUGUGACCACAUAUCAAGAUGUAGGACUAUGGCCAAGGAUAAUCAACAGUAGAUUAAGAGACCUUAUUGUACUACAAGGACCACAGCCUCUGCCCCCUGCUAAUUUUGUUUACCCAAAAGAUCAUAAUAAGCGGCAUUUUUCCGGUUUCUAUGGCUUUUUAGUUUUGCCAAACAAGGAGCAGGUGCCUAGGCGAUGGGUUCAAUAUUCUUUGUCUACCGACAGAAUUUACUGCUUUUGCUGUAAGUUAUUUGACCCCAGUCCAAAAUCAAAAUUUGGAAUGGAAGGCAUUAAUAAAUGGCAGCACAUUGGCGAAUAUCUAACAAUGCAUGAAUCUUCUCCUGCCCAUAUUUCUAGCCAUCAGAAAUGGAUUCAUGCAGAAAACAAUCUGAAAAAGGUACAAGGCAUUGACAAAAAUUUACAAACCCAGAUGAAUCAAGAAACUAAACGUUGGAGAGAUGUUCUUGAAAGAAUUAUGGCAGUUACACAAUUUUUGGCAAGCAACAAUUUGCCAUUUCGUGGGUCAUCAAACAAAUUAAAUACUCCGAAUAAUGGCAACUUUCUUGGUCUUAUUCAACUUUUGGCUAAAUUUGAACCAGUGAUGAAAGACCAUAUACAAAGAAUAAUGUCUCAGCAAACCUUCGUCCAUUACUGUGGUAAUAGAUGGUGUAUAAUAAGUGACCAUGUAAAAAAUAUAACACUUAAGAAAGUGUGUGCCACACGCUGGGAAUGCAGAGUUGAAAGCUUGAAAGCUGUCCGUUACCAGUAUACUGAGAUUUAUGAAGCUCUUAUAGAUUUAGAGGAAAACACUGAUGAUCCAAAACUUUCAUCUGAAGCUAAAUCCCUUUCACUUAUGCUGCAGGACUUCAGUUUUCUUUUGACAGUUGUUAUUUGGUAUGAUGUGCUAUUUCAAGUGAACAUAGUCAGCAAGGAAAUGCAGUCUAGAGAUAUGGAACUAACUCGUUGCAACGAUUUACUGAAAAAUUGUACUCAGUAUGUCAGAAGUUAUAGGUCCUCAGGCUUGAAUUCUGCAAAAAUAACUGCAUCAGAAAUUGCUCUGGAUUUGGGCAUUGAAGCAUGUUUCAUUGUGAAGAAAAGGCCAAGUAAAAAGAAAAGAAUGUUUGAUUAUGAAAGUCAGGAUGAACCUGUUACAGAUCCAGAACAGCAUUAUAAGGUGUCUGUCUUUUACCCCCUGAUCGACAACAUGACUGAAUCCUUAGAGACCCGUUUUUUACAGUUAUCCAGACAUAAUAAGCAAUGGGGUUUUCUAUAUAAUAUUUUAGAUUUGCCAGUAAAAGACAAACUUCUAGGUCUAUGUAAGGACUUGGAGCAAAUAUUAAGCCACACUGCUGAGGAUGGUAGACUGCAGCAUGAUAUAAAUGGCAUCCAGCUAUGUGAAGAGCUACAGCAUAUCCAACCAACUAUAAGCAAAGAUUCUAUCAGACCACUUGAAGUUUUGCAACACAUACAAGAUACCCAAUGCCAUGACCUAUUCCCAAAUAUAUGGAUUGCAAUGAGAAUUUUAUUAACCAUUCCAGUGACAGUUGCAAAUUGUGAAAGGAGCUUUAGCAAAUUAAAGCUAAUAAAAACAUACUUGCGUUCUACUAUGUCUGAAGACAGGCUAUCGGCUCUAGCAAUCCUAUCUAUUGAGAGUGAGAUGGCAAAAUAUACAGAUUAUUCUGCAGCAAUAGAUGCCUUUGCAGCAGCUAAGUCAAGAAAAGUGAACUUUGUUUAA